CAUGGGUCCCAUGUGUCCCUUCCCAGUGCUGAAAGGAUUGUACUAGAGCUCACGUAGGCCGCGUUUAAGCCGCACUCUUCAGUACAUUUUGGGAGUUUUGAUUCAUCUCAUUUAUCACAAUGCUGAACGUGAUCAGUCGGCAACUCAGGAGCCACCCUGCCCUGAUCCCACUCUUUAUUUUCAUUGGUGGUGGAUGCACCAUGUCUCUUUCAUAUCUGGCUCGCUUGGCCAUCCGUAACCCGGAUGUCUGCUGGGACAAGAAAAACAACCCAGAGCCCUGGAAUAAACUGGGCCCCACUGACCAGUACAAGUUUUACGCAGUAAACAUGGACUACAACAAACUAAAGAAGAACGGUCCUGACUACUAAAUGUGUCCAGGGAAUCCAGACGCUGUGCUGGACCAAAUACUUGUUUUAAAACAAAAACUAAAGAGCAUCAAGUCCACAUUUUUCAUCAACAAUUCUUUCUCCCAUUAUAAUUUAUGCAAAAGAGACUAAAUAGGUUUCUGAUGUGCUAGAUUUUUCCUUAACUAAUUGAAUCUGUGAUGUCACUUGUGUUUUCUUUCUAUUCUUUGUUGAACAAAUAAUAAAACAGGGAACCUUACAGAGAAAAACAA